AUGCUAAUCACUUUCGCCGAAAACUGGGUCUCCCCGAUACUCGGAUGGGUCAUUGGCACGCUCGUCUUCUGCGUAGCUGCUCUCGCCGGGUGUUGUAGCGACAAGCAGAACGAUUUUGAAAAUCGUCCGCGACCGUAUAGUCUACGGCGAAAAUAUAAUGGUCGGCGGCGGUAUGCUUCACGAGAUCCAAUGUACGAUGACGAAGCACAGCUGAGCGACGACCCCAUGCUGCGAUCUCCCCGCGCCCUCACCGACUUCAUCAAGGCCCGGCCGAAAAAACAGACGAGAGAACCGAAUCAGACGAACAGCUCCUCGACGUCGCCAAGCGGUGGUAAACCACCCGCCACCCGCGGAAUCGUUUCCAUUGACCGGAAUACGUACGACGAUGCGCCUGAGAAUGUAUUUGGGGACAGCGCCAAAGUUCGGGAACCCACCAAGAAAUACGUCGACGCCGUGCUGAAAGAUAAAAACGACCGGAAGAGCGGAAGACAGAGCCUGAAGAGGAGCGGAAAACAGAAAAAAGAUGCGGAGAAGAAUCCCCGGACGAAGAAGGAGGAGGAUGAAAAAAAGAAGGAGGACGAGAAAAAGAGCGUCAAAAAGAGCGUGAAAAGGAGCGAAAAGUUGAAGCCGGACGAGAAGAAGAGCGGAAAGGACAAGAAAGAGCAGGAGAGCCCAGAGAAAAAGAGUGGCAAGGAGAAGAAGGAGGAUGAGAAAAAGAGCGAGGAGAAACCAAAAGAAAAGCCAGAAGAUAAGAAGGAGAGCGUGGAGAGAAAGAGCGGUAAGGACAAGAAGGAAAGCGAGAAAAAGAGCGGCAAGAAGAGCGGCAAGGAGAAGAAGGAGGGCACCGAGAAGAAGACAGCCAAGACACCGAAGGAGGAGGAGAAGAAGAGCACUGAGAAAGAGAAAGAGGCGCCGGUAGAAGUCGAGAAAGAGGAGGCGAAAGAGAAAGAGAAGGAGAAGGAGAAGAGCGUCAUGAAGAAGGAGGCCGAAGCGAAGAAGAGUGAGAUGAAGGUUGCUGACGAGAAGAAGGAGGAGAACAAGGAGGAUGAGAAGCCGAAGGAGAAGAGCACGAUGAAGGCCGCCGACGAGAAGCCCGCCAAGGAACCGCCGAAAAAAGAUGAGGAACAGAAAGAAGAGCCUAAAGCUGAAGACAAGAAAGAGGAGAGUCCCAAAGAAGAGCCAAAAACGGAAGACGUGAAGAAAGAAGACGAGAAGAAAGAGGGAGAAAAGAAGGAGGAGACGGAGAAGAAAGAUGGGGAAAAGAAGGAUGGAGACGAGAAAAAGGAAGAGGCUGAGAAGAAAGAGGAAGAAAAGAAGGAGGAGCCGAAAGCAGAGGAGAACAAGGAGCAAGAGAAGAAGCCGGAGGCGGCCGAGGCUCCGCCUCCAACGGCU